AUGGAUACUUUACAGAUGGGGGAAAGAGAAAAUGAUUUCAAUUCUUAUUCACUUUUCUGGGCACCAGUUACAUGCGCGCUGCGACCGAAUGAAAAAAGAAAAGAAAAACGUUGUUUUUUUUUUUUGUUGUUGUUGUUGUUGUUUUUGCUUUUUUUUUUUUCUUUUUUCUUCUUCAUUGCCUAUUGUAUCAUACGAGAAAUAAUGACCGAUGAUCCUGCUUCCACGGUGCCGUUACUGAACCCCGAUGAAAGGGCAAUGGCUUAUGGAUUGCGGGGGUUUGAGAUCUCCCGAAGGCCAUACAAAGCAGCAACACCUGAAGGAUGCAUUCCAAAACAACGCUGGGGGUCGGCACCGCGGGGCGCUGUUGUUUACCUAAAGCCGGGCUCUGGAUCAUUCCAGGAUGUGCUUGCGCCGUCGCCCCGCGGCAGUUUGUUAUUGUAUCCGAAGAGAGAAUUGGGUAGUGAAGAAGAGACAAAAGUUAAUGGGGAUGUCCCUGGCAUCCCUGGGGCGAAAAAACCGUCGUUGGGGCAACUACGUGCAACCGCAAUAGCAGGAAAUGAAAUAGCAUCAUCUUGUAUCUACGCAACCGGGAUUGUUGUUUCUGCGGCUGGACGUUUGGCCUGUUUUUCUUCAUUACUUGUUUCUGUUGUGUUGUACAUUUUUCGUUGGAUUUACACGGAGAUGUUUGGCCCUCAGCCUACGAAUGGUGGUACAUACAACGCCUUGCGGAAGGCUUUUGACAAAAACUGGGCAUCGCUGGCGGCUAUUUUAUCAACACUUAGCUACGUCGCAACUGCGGUGACCAGUGCUGCAUCUGCUGGGGACUAUCUUCAAUUUCAAUGGAAUGCUAUGCCGUCGAAAUCGAUUUCUAUUGGUAUUCUUAUUUUUUUUGCCGUGGUAAAUUUAUUUGGCAUGAGGGAGUCCUCCCACGCAGCAUCACUAAUUUUUUUGCUUCAUCUCUUGGUUCUUUGUGUGCUAGUUGUCUCCGCCCUCGUGUACGUCUGCAGAGAUGGUGGAAAAGUGCUUCGUGAUAGCUGGAACUCCCCCUCUUUAGCUGCUAAUCCGUAUGAUCAAUGGAUCACUUGUAUUUUUUUUGGUUAUUCCAGUGCAUUAUUGGGAGCGACAGGCUUUGAAUCCAGUUCCAACUACAUUGAGGAACAAGGCGAAGGCGUGUAUCCAAAGACCCUUCGUAACAUGUGGUUUCUUGUGACUGUGAUUAAUCCAACCUUGAUGAUACUGGCUAUAGGUGUUAUUCCCAUUGAGGUUUUAGUAAAGAAUGCUGAUUUUAGUUUGGCUCUAUUAGCCCAGAUAGCUGUGGGAGAUUGGUUAAAAAUGAUCGUGGUAUUUGAUGCGGCGUUUUCCUUAUCCAGUGCUGUUCUUAGCGCAUACGUCGGUAUCCAAGGCCUUCACCGACAACUGGCCCGUGAUCACGUCAUGCCUGCAUUUUUUUUAUCUGUAAAUCGUUGGGGCGGAAGUAAUCAUUUUAUCAUUGUUGGCUUUUGCUUAGUAUCAUGUUCGCUUCGUCUUCUUGUUGACGACAUGUCUUCCCUUGGAGGAGUCUGUGCCGUUGCUUUUUUAAGUGUACUGAUGCUUUUGUGUCUAAGCAGUCUUUUCCUCAAGUACAAGCGCGGCAGAUUGCGUGGAACUCUAAUGAUUCACCCCUUCGUUGUGUUAUUGGCACUGUUUUUGGUGACGGCGGGUUUCGUUGGCAACGUCAUACGCGCUCCCCGGAAUGCCAUGUACUUUGCCAUUUAUUUUUUUAUUUUUUUGUUUGUUGUGUCCGUUACAAGGCUGCGGGUGUCUCUUUCUCGGGUGUUGCACGACCUCAUCCCCAGCAACUGCCAUUGGGCAAAGGAGAAAAUGGGCGACAUUGUUGCAUCGAUGCGGCAUUGUCCCGUAGUGUAUUUUGCGAAGCAUGCUGAUAUUAACGUGCUGAAUAAAGCCAUCCAGUACAUUGUGGACAAUGAAGACACACACAUGGUAAAAGUCAUCCACAUGGUGGGGCGUAGUCUUCCACCCACUGCCAGCUCGGCCUCUCUAAAAAAAUAUGGCUCGGAGAGAGAUGUACACCAAGACAAGGAGGAGAGCGCGGAAUCUUUUUUACGCUUGGAGGAUGAAAAUGAGUUGACAACGAUGCGCGAACUGGAACAAAGCUGUGCCAUCAUUGAUCAACUCUACCCAAAACUCACAAUUGAGCUCCUGUUUGUACUUUCUCCAUUCACCCCGAGAGUUUUUUACGAAAUUUCGACUGAGCUUAACGUGCCACGCGAACUUAUGUUUAUGGGUUGCCGUGGCGAUUGCUUUUCACAGAUUUUGGAUCAAUUUGAUGGCGUGCGUGUCAUCAAUUACUGA